CACGUCUGCAUCAAAACUCAAAAAUUUAAAUUACUCCCUUCAUUCCAAUUCUACUCAAUCAUGUAAAAUUACAUUACAACAAAUUAACGCAAUUUUUCCAAAACAUUUGAAAUUUGAUUUUUUUUCUGCUCAUUUCAUCUCUCUUCAAGCGUAUACGAAUAAAAAGAAAUUUUCAGCAUAUAAAACUUUGAGCGUGUGUUUAUUUUUUCAUUUUCUUUACUUCUUUUAUAUUUUCAUUUGUUUUUCAAUUUUUAUUUAUGUAAUCUUGAAAUAAGAAAACAGAAGGAAGAACAUUCUUUCUACUUCUCAAAUGAAUAUGGAUGAUUGUAAGCUUCUAUAUUUUUUCUUUCGGAAGGAAGUGCGGUUGGUGUGAAACGAAAAGUUAUUUAAAUAAAUAAAUUACAAAAUUCCUCGUGUUAUUGAUCGAAAAACUUAAGCGCAUUUUUGAUGCAGCGAACAGAAUUCAACAGGAUUUGUCAUUUAACCUUUUUCUUUGAUUUUUCUUGAAUAUAAAAGAAUUUUUCAUUUAACGGUUUUUUGAGUUUCAAAUAUUUUUACGGUAGAAAAAGAUUCAAAUUUCUUAAAAGUAAUUUCAAGGGUUUGUUUUGCUCGCAAAUCAUUUUUGUCUUUAUUAAUUAAUUUCAUCUAUAAUUGGUGUCCAAAGAAAGUUAGUGUUAUCAUUAAUUUAACAUAUUAUAGAAUAAACAAAAAAUGGGAAAUUGGUGUGGAUCGUGCUUUGGAGUAAGUGCAAAUUCAAGUAAUAUCACACCUGAUGCUGGAACUGUAAGACGUCAAAUGUUAGAAGCAGCUGAACAACGACAGGAAAAUCAACAAAACAGAGGUAUCAAAAAUCAAGACAAGAUUAAAAGAAUGCAACAAAAAGCAGUUGACAUUGAAAGAUUGGAAUUUGAAUAUGCCAUUGCAGCAAGGAAUCGACCAGUAUUGAAAUGGACACCGAAUUAAAAUUUUUGGAUGAUUUGAUGAUGUUUAAGAUCCAAAUUAGUUUUGUUUGUUUAUGGAAACUUCAAUUUCUUUAAUGCAAGUCAAGUUUAAAGAAAAAUUCAAGUUUACAAUACAAUAGUUUAAUAAAUAUUUCCAUUUUAUUUAUGGAAAGAAUAUUUUGAAAAUUUUA